AUGUUCGGCACAGCCAUGAUUCCAGCGCCGGGGCCUAUUUACGACGAGCAGGACCUGGCCGACCUAGCCGAGGACUUCCACCGCAGCAAAGAAUCCCUGAAAGCCGCCGGUAGAAGGUUGACAUCCCGUCAGACUUCGCGCGCAACACACGCUUCGCGAGCAUCAAUCGAGUCCCGAGGACCCCUCUCGUCCAACGAAGACCUGGACUUGCAUGUCGAUCUCCCUCCAGGCAUACUGGCAGAUGAGUCGUCUGUCUCGUCGCUUCCGUCUCGACCUCCCGGACAUCCGCCUGGGAGCACGACUCGGAAGACGAAGCGCAGCUCAGCGAAUCGAUCCGAACGGAAGGCAGAACAAGUUGCUGGAGUUCAACCGUCCAAACGGAGACGAGGGUUCCGUGCCAGGCUUCGACGAAUCUUAGGCCGCAACGACAAGCUCGAGGUCGAUCCCGAUGCGCCGCAUAGCCAAUUUCAGGCCCAAGAACCGAAGAAACAAGACCAUCAGGACAAGGACUCUCAGCAAUCUCCUGAGCAGAAAACCACGCCAAAGAGUGGUCCCGAGCCCGCCGAAGCCGAGCCUUCUUUGUUGAAGGAGACUACACCUCGCACCAGCAUCAGCCUUUCAAAGAACGACAAGUCCACCUGA